CGGACUGGUUGGCGACAGCCGGGUAGAGAGUAUGGCGCUCUCACACGAGAUGGAGGGCCACCUUUUGAAGCUCCCCUGGAGGUCUCUGCUUAUAGGAGACAGCAGCUUUCUGGGUAAAGUUUAUUUCACCGACUCAUCCUACGCUCUGCUCCUAACCGACCUCCACAGCGUGUGGUGUGAAGAGGCACAAGGCGAAGUUAUACAAGAAAGGUCAAGGGAGCUGAAUAAACGCCUUAAAGCCCCCAUCUCUUCAUUCCUUGGCCACUUGUCCCAGCUCAUGUCUCCAUUCCUCGAGUCCAUGAAUGACGGUCUAAGCGGAUUUACUUGUCACAGGGGUGAUGGCGAGUUGACGCUGAAAGUGAAGAGUCAGCUUUCAGGGCUUCCUUUUUACUGGGAUUUUCACUGCAAGGAGGCCAGUGUCGCCACGGUCUGUUGUCAUUUUGUGCGGCCUCUGAUGUCCGUGGCUGAGGCCCUAGACCGGCAGACCCGGGAGCUGUGUGACCUGCUGGGGAGGAAAGAUGCAGAAAUACAAGAUUACCAGGAGAGCGGAGCGGUGCUGACUCGAGGCCGUCUGAAAACAGAGAUUUUUGACGAGGUGUCGUUUCGUGAAUCUUUCCUGGCCCAGAUGACGGAGAAGAGAAACCCAAGGAAUGAGUUGGGAUUCAGUGAGCAUCUGCAGCAGCUGUACCACGCUGUGACUACCCCGGAGCUAGAGCCGCAUCCCGUGGGAGGUGGUGGAAGUCACAACGUCCCUCCGGUGAUGGGAUCGCUUGGGGAAGACACCAGUCAAGCUGCUGAGAGAGAUCCUUCGCCAACCCGAGGAGAACCCGUCCAAGGAGCCGGCCAGACUGAGCCACAGGUGCCCCCGUCUCCUGCGAGACGACCCCCCGUGGCGGUGUCUAAACCCAAGAAGAAGAAGGCUAAGGGUCUCUUUACGUGACAGGAUCCUCCUUUCCGUCCUGGGAGGCACAUGCGAUUUUAUCUCCGAGGGAGGACGUGCGCGGCCGCGAAACGUUAGAAGCAGUAAUAUCGAUACACUCUGGAGAGUCUCCGUUUUAUAAUCAUGAAGAUAGUGCUGGCUGAGAGUGAUAGCCCCGGAGUGUUUGGUUGAGGGCGGUUAAUGCCCCCCCCCUACUUUAAUGAUUAAAGAUCAUGACGCCAUUUAUCCAGACAAACUCUUAUGGAGGGAUUUUAAUUAUA